UGCUCUCAGCUCUGAUCUGUGCAGUCUAAUAAGAAUUUCCCUUUCUUUUUCACCACAAAAGGAAUUCUGAAGCUCAGUAUUAGUUUAUGUGUAAAGCUAUGAUCCAUUUUACCUAAUUGCUUUGACUAAUGAGUAUUAAUAGUAAAAAGGGUGAUAGAUGCACUGUGCAUAGAAAUUCUUCAGAAAUCAGUUCAAUGUAAGAAAAAUAUGUCAUUAUUUGUAUAAGAGAUGACUGGAAUGUGUUAAGGAUAGAAAUUGAAAACCAUUCAUGCAGUUAAUUGUCCAUUAGCACUAAAUACUUCAAAAUACUUACAGAAAUUACGGAAAAUAAAGUGCAUUUUCUGUCAAGAGAACAUUUGGAACUUUCUAAAAGGCUUGUGCUUGUCGUAGUGCUCCGACAAUGACUCUGAAGAAAGUUUUGCAAUAAAAAACUCUACAGAAUUCUGAGGUACCAUUGCUAGCUGAACAAGAAUAUGGAUUUAGCUGUGAAUAAAAUCUAAGUUGCAAUGAAAAAUAAAACUUUCUGGUGUUUUUAGCUGAGCAUGAAGGAAUUUGUGGCUCCAGCUGAGAGAUCAUGUCUGAAGUGUGCAGAGUGACUGGCAUAAGCUGAUAGCAAGAAGUCAUCAGGAAAAGGGCAAGCAAGGACAAUAAUAAUUUCUUUUUAUUCUAUAUUUAGUAAAAUAAAUAAUUCUGUUUAGGUUUAAAUGCUAUCUUUCUUCUACAUUACUUUUGAACUAUAUAGAUUUUCUGUCACUGCUCUCUCAUGUCUUAGCCAGUCUUCUAUAACAGCAUUAGAUUUCUGCUCUCUCACAAAGAACCUCUUUGAUGCUAACCAGCCAUUUAUUUGCUAUAUGUAUUUUGUCUGUAGUUUAAGAUCCUCUCAAGUUAUCUUAGUUUGCAUGAGAGGUCUGUUAACUAGGUAACAUUCAGAUUGUUGGGAGGGAAAUCCAGGAAGCUGUGUUAACUUGAAUUAUAGCUCUGCUCCCCAUCUAGGCUGCCAGCUUGAGUGAGUUUAUGAAUUCAGAUACAACUUUGCUGCUCACCUAAUUCUGCAGUGAUGAAAAAAAUUCUGUGCACUAGUACCAGAUAGCCUGAUGCGGAAUAUUAAUUCUUAACUUAUUCCUAGAGGCAUCCCAAAAAUCAGUACUCAAAUAUAAGCAAGGUGCUCAUAUACAGACGUCACUGAGGCUGUACAUAUAUGUAAAAGAGAUGAAUGGUGGUCCUAAAUUCUGUCUUCAGAAAUUCCAUCAUUAGCUGUCUCCUAGGUGUAAAAUAAAGAAGCUGAAAUGGCAGAGUUAAAUAGGUGCAGCAGAAAGUCAGCAUUUACAAUGACUGAUUGCAAAAUAUUGAUUUUUUUCAAAUACAUAUUUUGUGAUUGACAUGCCCCACUUGCAUAUGAAAUAUUGAAAUGUCAGAUGGCAGAACUGGCUCAAUAAUAACUUUCCUACCAUAAUGCUCUGAGACUGAAAGCCUGCAAAAACCAGGAUCCAGGCACUAUCAUCAAGCAUGGCAGCACCAGAAGAAUGAAGCAGGAGGCAGCUCUGAUGGUGGACCUCUGACAGAAAGUCCAGUGGAAUUUCAUGGGAGGAUAAGGUUUUACCCAUGUUCUUACUCCUGCACAAUCUCAAUCUGAGUUACCAGAAAUAAAUAAAGGUAUUGCCAAUGCUAUGAUGGACUAAACACUUUGGAGCCUGAGACAGCCUCUCUCCAGCUGAACUCAAAUGAAAUUUUUCAGCAGGAGGAGUGCUGCAAAUUUGGAGCUGCAGAGGCCUUCCCUCAGGGCAAGUUUUUUAGUGUAGUAUUUUGGAGGAGUCUGUUUUAUUAUUCCAACUGCUGACAUUUGGAGGCAAUAAGCUAUCUAAUCUAACAGCAAUUUUGAACCCAAAGUUCAGGGUAGGAGGAACUGAGAAGGAACAAAAGAAUGCAAAGUUCAGGCAGCAAGUGGCGCAUACAGAGAGUGAGCAGCUUUCCCAGCUCAGGGAAACAGGCAGGAUCCUGCUUCAGCAGGACAUAAUGAUAUAUUAAUGUGUAUAUAACAUAGUAUAUAAUAGAGUAAUAUAAUAAUGUACAUAGCAUGGUAAACAAGAGUAAGAGAAAGGGCAGGGAAGGAUGCAAAGCUGGCUUUGAGUCUCCAGCAUGACUCCUACUACUCUCAGGGAGAUGGAAUUCUCCUACAUAUGUGUCUGUCAGCAGUCUGGAGAAGAUGUACAGAACUACUAAUUUGUCACUUUCCUUCCUCUGUGCCACUUUAAACAAUAGAAACAAGGAGAGGAAAUUUCAUAGGAUGUAGAGGAAAUUCUAUCCUUGCUAAUACUGGGGACAUUUUCCACCACUGCACUUAUCAAGUAUGGAUUGAUCUAGUUUGUAAUAAUCAGUAAGAACUAAUAAAGAAUUGGCAGCAUUUAGAUGUUUUUUACACCACUCAUGGAAGGCAACUUUUACAUUUUUAUGCUUCUUUUUUGCAGUCAUUUUCUCUCAUUUCAAAGACAUCUCCUGCUCACUUUGGAAUUUUUUAAAAGAUGACCGAAACUCCUCUACUGAAUGUUCUGUCCUCAAACCAGAGUGAAAACCAGAGCAACUCAACUCGUUGCCCAGACUUGGAUGACUGGUGGGACAUUGUGUUCUAUAUAGUACCCAAGUACCUCAGCGCUGUCUGUGUUAUUGGUAUGCUUGGAAAUGUGUUUGUUCUCCUCAUUUAUUCACUGCACAAGGGCCCCCUGAAGACAGCUGAAAUCUAUCUUAUGAAUCUGGCUAUUGCUGAUCUUAUCUUCCUCACGUGCCUCCCAUUCUGGGCAGUGAACACCCAUAACAGGUUUAAGUGGCCGUUUGGCAUCUUCCUGUGCCGCAGCGUCAGCACCUCCAUCGUCUUGAACAUGUACACCAGCAUCUACCUGCUCGUGGCCGUCAGCGUGGAUCGCUACCUGACUUUUGUCCAUACCUUGAACCACAGAGAACUAUGGAGCAAAACUAUGACCAAAGGCAUCUGCUUGCUCAUCUGGUUGUUUUGCAUUCUUCUCAGUGUCCCAAAUUUCAUGUACCGGACUGUGAAAGAAUUUCCCUCGUGGAAUAUCUCAGCGUGCUAUUUGGAGUACCCCAACUCGACGUGGGUAACAGCUGAACGCCUGGUAUUUAACGUGGUGGGGUUUCUGCUGCCAGCCACAGCAAUCAUCUUCCUCAAUUUCUCCACCAUUAGAUCCCUAAAGAAAACAGCAAGAGAACGAAGAGCACUCAGAGCAAAGGGUUGCAUGGGGCAGAAAGGCAUGAGGGCAACGAGGCUGAUCACCACUGUGGUACUGAUGUUUCUUUUCUGCUGGACUCCUUACCAUUUUUUUGUGUUCCUUGAUCUAUUACACAAUACAAAAGUGGUCAAAGGCUGCUUCUGGGAGGAACUACUCAACUUUGGGCAGCAGUUUUCUUAUAUUCUGGCUACCACCAACAGCUGCAUUAACCCUGUGAUUUAUGUCUUUGUUGGGAAAUACUUCAGGCAAAAGGCUUUAGAAGUUUUUUCACAGUUUAUUCCCUGUGGAUUUCCUUCGAGAUGGGUAUCUCUCAAAGAAAUGUCUUCAAAUUUCAGCAUGUCUCCAGUCAAGAAUGAUUCAACAUAAUGGUUCUCAGUUCCAUCUUCAUUUUGAUAUCACAACUUAUUUUGUGCUACUGCAAAUGGCAUUAAAAAUUAAUAUGAAAUGCUCUGAUAUGGCCUUCACAGAUCAAGAUAAUUAUCUAUUGAAGUAAAUCACUUGAUUGUUUACUUUUUCCUCAGGUUUGCUUUCUUAGUUCUGUGUUAUCCAUCCAAAUGCAUGACAUGUGUGUGAUACCAGAAUUUUACAACAAAUUAUCUAACCUGUUUUACCUAUUAACACUGGCUUAAAAGAAAGUCUUUUUGACAAAAUACCAGAAAUCUGGUUUCUUUGCAGAAAUCCAUAAGCCAGCUGAAUGUUUUGCUGCAUUGUAUCUGUGAUGACAGCUGCUAUACUCCCUAUAACAUUAUUCAUAAAAUUACAACAGGUAUUACAGAGCAAAUAUGAGCUUAAUCUUUGGCUGAUAAAUGCAUUUGAAAAGGUAGAGAAUAACUUUGGUUAUUUUGAACAAUAUUUUAACUGGUUUGCAUUUUCACAGUAAGAUACAGAGAACUUUAUCAUUUUUGUGCAUUUUAAUUAUAUUCAGUGCAUAACUAUUGUACAAGAUGAUGGAACACAAAGAAGUGUGUAUAAAUUGUAAAAAAAGCAAGGUAACACAGUAGCCUCCUCAAAACCUGACUUUUGCUGAUCCAGUAAAGUAUUACAAAAUUGCUCAUUAAGUACUGUAAAGAUCCUUUUUAUUUUGUAUAUGUGAACAUAUCAAUGAUGACCGUUGAUACUGUAUUAUUUAGAGGUAAAUACUUAGAUUCAUAUUUAUAUUUUGAUGAAUCAAAAUUAAUAAAACAGGUAACAUUUUACUUCAUAGGUUGUUUUUUUCUUUCUUAUAUUUAUUUUUAUAUUUUGUCUCUUUUCCCCUUAUUCCUUUGGGUAAGAGCAAAUAUAUAGUUCUGUGAUUAAAAAUCCUUAUUGCUACCAGAACACAAACUCUCAUAGCAGAAGAAAACUUCUUUUCCAUCACAGCCACAAUGGCAAAGUAGAUGUAAGACAAUAGAUAUCGGUUUCUGCAACUCUUAAAUUAUUUGUAUGUACAGACAUGGAAGAAGACAGUGCAGCCUGUUCAGCCAGAAAGAUAUUGGUGCAGAAGAGAGCAUCCAGACACAUCAUUUGUGUACCAAUUCAUUUAACUACUCAUUGUAAAGCCUGUUUAGUCCUGUACUCACUGUAAUGGCACUGCAUUCUCUGCUGUUCUUUUUAGUGUUUACAUUCUGAAUAUGUAAUUAAUCUCUUAUUUUAUUAUAGAAAUAUGUCUAUUUGACUUCAUUGCAAUAAGAUUAGUGUUAAUUUUUUAAUGGUUCUUAAAAACUUUUUGUAUUUGAACCAUGGAAGCCUUUUGAAGACUUAAAAGUCUAUCUUCCUGCAAUGGUGGUUUAAGAAUUAAGGGUGGAUUAAGGGAUCAGGGAGGAAGAAUCUCUCAUAAAUUUACUACUUCCAGUCCUUCUGUGACAGAUGAUUUUAAAAUAAACAGGUUUAAACACCAGUAGUAACAAUAAUACAUGAAGUUCUCUGACUCAUCUGCAAUCAAAUUCCUAAUUCCUGUCUAUUUUAAACACUUGUAUCUAUUUAACACAUCCCCAGCUGAAUCUUGAAUUCAAAAAAACUUCCAUGCAGAGAUAUUUUCUGAGGAAAUGAAAGGAAAAAGGAAAGGAAAAGGAAAGGGAAAAGGAAAGG